AUGUAAAGAGACGAUAUCAUAACUCCGGUUGACGUACUGCGUACGUUGCUUACGCGGCAUCGUCGAGCUUACGUUGGGCUGAAGCGAGUAGCAUGCUCGGGCGCGGUGUGCAACCGUUCAGUUCACAGCUCGGCCGCGACACACGUCACUCGUAUUACGGGAUGCUCUGUCCGUAAACCGCGAUACGCGAAAACUGCCGCCCGCCCAACGUGCUUGGACACAAAAAUAUUUUUAAAACAAUAAUACAUAAUUAAAAACAUUUAGUAAACGUCCUACUUAUUGGAAAUAGUAUUUGUUUUGUUCAUCAUUUGUAAAGUUCUUCUAAUAUUUGACAUUGUGAUAAAAAAAACUUUAAGUGUUAAAUAAAUUUAAUAUGUUCAAAAAAAUCAUAUUUUGUAAAUGCCCGUAAUUACUGGAUGCUGAAUCACAGGAAAAUAAGAAGCGGAAUAUACUUAACCAUCGCAGUCAAAUCAUAAAAAGUGGGUGUGCGACAAACGCAGCAAUGCGACGCGACGCGAUGCGAUUUGACGUGGCCCGAAGUGCCGAUGGAGCGGGGCUCCAUCGGGCAUCCGAGGAGGACGUCGUGCGGCUGAAUCCUUGCCUGCAGACCAACUUCGAAAUGAACGAUCUCCCUCCCACGGCGUACCCGACUGACACGCGCAGAAUGCAGCUGUAUUCACACGCACACAUACAUCCCACGGAGCUGUCGAUCCAUGCAGUUUCUACGCACGAACUUCUGAAGCCGAAAGAUGAGCCUUCAUAUUCACUGGCACCGUCUGCUAACCUGUGUACAGGAGGCAUGCAACAUACAGGUUCGUCGCCGUACGACAACCGGACCUGUAUCCAAGAAAACAAUGGCGUUAAUGCGAACAACUCCCAGAGUGUGAAAUCUGACGAGGAACUAUCGCGAGUGUAUCAAACACUCACAAUGCCAGGACUUUCCCGAGACGAUACCGCUAACUCCAACAGCAGCGACACGAAAAUUAAAUCAAAGUCCACGACGCCAUCAAGCCCCGGAGGAAGCUCUUCGGAAAUAAAGCCACAGACGACUACGCCAACGUCGCAAGCAUUGACGAAACCACCUUUUUCAUACGUGGCCUUAAUAACAAUGGCCAUUGAAAACAGCCAAUCUAAACGGGCGACGCUUAGUGAGAUUUACGCGUACAUAACUAAAGAAUUCCCGUUUUUCGAAAAGAAUAAGAAAGGUUGGCAGAAUUCUAUAAGACAUAACUUAAGUCUUAACGAGUGCUUUAUUAAGGUGCCACGAGAAGGCGGUGGGGAAAGGAAGGGGAAUUAUUGGACUCUUGAUCCGCAAUGCAGGGGAAUGUUCGAGGGAGGCAACUACAAGCGGCGUCGCAGGAUGAAGCGACCUUUCCGGGCAACGCCGUACACGAAGACGUUAUUCGGUGACGGCUACCACGUGACUCACGUCGCUCAGCACGCCCAUAUGCAAUCUCUGCCGUUGAGCGCCAGGAAUUACUUCGGUUCAAGUUCGCCGUAUCCACCAUCCUAUCCGAGAUAUGAUACGACAUGGCUAACCCAGCCACCGGGAGGUUUAAACUACGCGAGCGCGUGCGGUGGCAUGGGUAGGAGUCCUCCAAGCUCCUCUCAUACUUCUUUGCCUCACCAGCCGUCACCCGUCUCUGUCAAUCCGUUCGCUUCGCAUCAACUACAGGGACAGCUUCAAAACCCUCUGCAACCGAUGCAGUCUAUGUCCAUGAACACUUACAACCAAAUAGGAGUCGGUCUGGACGGUUCCCCGAGUCCAGGACCAGGAUAUGGGCCGCCGGGUGCAUUUUCACCAACACGACACCACGACAUUGUGACAUCAUCUGAUGGCACCGCUGCUAGAUUCUCAUUCUGGCCAGAAGGUGGACUAAGUUGGCAACAGCCUGGUUGCGAGAUACCUGACGACGUGCCGAGAGAACCUGAAGAAGACGCGGGCUCACCCAGUCCCAACGCUGGUUACGUACCAUCGAGCAGUUACUCUCCAACCCGCCGCCACGAAGUAGUCACGUCCUCGGAAACCGCAGGACGAUUCUCCUUCUGGCCGGAUGUUGGUGUGAAAGAAGAAGCAUCGUCGAGUCUCAUGUCCAACGGGGCACCAUAUUCGAAAUGUUUUAUGUAAAUU